AUGUUGAACGUCAGAAUUCCAAGCAUUGCUGCCAAAUUGGCUCCAUUGAAGUCAUCUUCCGCUCUGUUACAAUCCACUCGUAUGGCUUCAUCUCAAACGAUGACCGUUAGAGAAGCUCUUAAUGCUGCAAUGGCUGAAGAAAUGGAUCGUGAUGACGAUGUGUUUUUGAUUGGUGAAGAGGUGGCACAAUACAAUGGUGCUUAUAAAGUUUCAAAGGGUCUCUUGGAUCGUUUCGGUGAACGUCGUGUUGUUGAUACUCCAAUUACAGAAUACGGGUUUGCCGGUCUUUCGGUUGGUGCUGCAUUGAAGGGUUUGAAACCAAUUGUGGAAUUUAUGUCCUUUAACUUCUCCAUGCAAGCCAUUGAUCAUGUUAUUAACUCAGCAGCCAAGACUCAUUACAUGUCUGGUGGUACUCAAAAAUGUCAAAUUACUUUCAGAGGUCCAAAUGGUGCUGGUGUUGGUCUUGGUGCACAACAUUCUCAAGAUUACGCGGCCUGGUACGGUGCUAUCCCAGGUUUAAAGGUUCUUACUCCAUGGUCAUCCGAGGAUGCUAAGGGUCUAAUGAAGGCUGCCAUCAGAGAUCCAAACCCUGUUGUCGUUUUGGAAGAUGAAGUUUUGUACGGUGAAUCAUUUGAAGUUAGUGACGAAGUUAUGUCACCUGAUUAUGUGACCCCAUUUAAAGCUAAGGUUGAAAGAGAAGGUACCGAUGUCACUUUGGUUGCUUACACUAGAAACGUUGGUUUUGCCGUUCAAGCUGCUGAAAUUUUGGACAAGCAACACGGUGUUGCUGCUGAAGUUAUUAACUUGCGUUCAAUUAGACCAUUGGAUAUGGAUACCGUUAUCAAGUCCGUUAAAAAGACUAACCACUUGGUUACUGUUGAAUCCGGUUUCCCACAUUUCGGUGUUGGUGCUGAAAUUGCAGCUCAAAUCAUGGAGUCUGAAGCAUUUGACUAUUUGGAUGCUCCAGUUCAAAGAGUUACCGCUGCUGAUGUCCCAACUCCAUACGCUAAGAAGUUAGAAGAAUUAUCUUUCCCAGAUGCUGAUACCGUUGUUACCGCUACAAAGGAGGUCUUGUCCAUUGAAUAA